CCCCGAUUUGCGCCUCUGCAGAAACCAAUGAGCAAAUUGAAUUAACGACUUCAAAACUUUGUGAGGUUUUCGAAACGGUUCCGCGAUACGAAAGGACUAACUUUGCGCCACAAAUACCGUCAAGAUGUCGAUGUUUCGGGCGAAGAAACUUGAUAUUGGCUGUUUCGUCAAUAUCAAGACGAUCCGAGAUCACUCUAAGAGGAAGGCCUUUGCUCAAUUCGAGCCUGAGAGACAAGCUCUGCGAUAUAUCAUUCGAAAUACCACUCUCCCUCCUAGGGCUCGAGCCGAAGCCCAGCUGCAGCUGACCCAGAUGCACUGCUACACCCGGCCGACACAGAUUCGUGGACGAUGUAUAUUAGGUGGUAAGGGAAGAGGUGUAUUCCGCGACUUUAAGAUGUCGAGAUAUAAUUUCAGGAUGCAAGCUCUAGCGGGAAACAUUCCAGGCGUAAAGAAGGCCAGCUGGUAAGGCCGGAUUAAAAUUCAGACGAAUAGACAGACAGCGGUCAUGCUACGAGCAUGAUAUGUACAUUGAUACUAUUAUGAGACUGCAGCUGGAGAAAUGCUGUUCUCUUACAAGCUUACGGUUUCGAAUUGCUUCUUGUAUCGUGUGGUCGGGAGACACAUAGGCAGAUGAUGGACCUGAUGAUGGGACCUGAUGAUUCGACACCAUCCUCACCGGGGAACCAUCUAAAAAAGGGUGUCUUUCUAAUCAAACAUGUAUCCGGGUGCGGUAUCUGGGCAUGUAAGAUUAGGUACUAGCCCCCUUGUUGUGAGGAUUAGACCUUAGGUACCUAAGGUAUGGAAAGGGGACGUAAAUGGUGUAUUGCCUAACAUCUUAAAAUGAGGUAUGAGCAUUGUAUCUUCUAAGUUGUCCUAAUAGUAUGGAGUUAGCCCUGCGGCUUCCCUCGAAUGCAAACGAAUGCAAACGG